UGGGAGCUCCGAAGCUAACAACAUCAUCAACGACGACAAAGCCCCGGGGGCAAUCGUUGAUACGCAGCAGCAGAAGAUGACGACGAGCCGGUUCCGCGCGAAUCUUCCCGCGCUGCUGCUGCUCACGGCCGUCACCUCGCUGGCCUACAACCGCGCCGUGCUGGAGCGGUCGCGGACUGAAGCGCGCCGGACCCACGUCCAGCAGCUCGCCGUGCUCCAGCAGCUCCUGGGCGCGACCACGUCAUCGGCGGCGCCGCUCUCUGCCGACGAGCGAAAACGGCUAGCGCGGCGCUGUGAGGCACUCCAGCUGCAGCCUGCUCGCCUGGGUUUCCGUCCCGAGGACCUGCCCGACGACGAGGAGCGCGCGGCGCUCGCGCGUGCCCGGCGCGCACAGGAGACGAGCUGGGCCGAGGCGCUCUUUGGCGGCGGCGAGAGCCUCGUGCGCGCGCGGGCGGCCAUGGGCAGAGCGAUGGACGAGAUCAGGAGCGCUGUCAGCGGUGUUCGUCCGGCUUCGGCCUCGGCUUCGGCGACGUCGACGACGAGCAGAGGAGGCGUGGGGGAGGAGUCGAGCGAUGAUGCCGAGAAGGAAUUGGAGUGGAUCAGAGCUCUCGAGGAGGAGAGUGCUCCUGCUGUGCAGGCGACAGAGGCAAGACCAGAGCCAAACACAAGACCGCAUGAAAACGUCGCACGAGCAGCAGUGGCAGCAGCAGCAGCAGCAGCGACAACAGCGGCACCACAGCGAGGUGGAGAUGAGGCUAAGGGGAAAGGUUGGACGAUGGAAUGGAACGUUUUUGGUUUUGGGUCAGGAAAGCAAACGCUGGUGCCGGCUUCUGCGCCGCCGAGGAGGGAGCAAGAGAGGGAGACGGCGAACGACAAGAAGGAGAAGAGACCAGCAGGGACUAACACCAUUGCAGGCAAGCGAGUGUAUUUGUAAUUUUGUCUUGUAGUAAAGAAGAGGGGGUGCGCAUAC